GAUAUGAGAGAAGUUGUGAACACAAACAAUUAGUGUCCUCCCCGCCUUUUGUUCUAGACCUGUUCAUAAAGGCCGGAGUAGCUGCCAGAGGUCCAGUCAUUUCCAGUGAGGACCUCUCCGAAGAAGGUCGGCCUGUCAACAACAGGGAGAGGGGGAGAGAGAGGGUCUCAGCACACGGUUAUAACCUACUACGUACAACCUUCUCCAUUCGAUCAACCGGCCUGGCAUCGGUUUACCGCGACCCAAGCUGGAUAUAUUGGUCCUACCUACGACUGAGGUUUCUACCUCGCCGUAUUCACGGGUGAACCAGGUGCAUGGGACACUAGGAGAGCUGUACGUCCCAACCGUCCCGAUGUUGGAUACUCUACAGCGCACGUCCACGCAACCCCAGCCGCCGGGGAUGGUGGUGACAGGCGAGACGACCAUCGCACAGGGCUCCCCGAGAAGCUGUGGCUCCACCAGCCCGACCUCGAGCUGCAGUUCGGUCGACGCCGUGCACAAGUCGUUCGACGUGACGGAUUUGAACGGCUCGUCGUUCCCCGUCAGACCCAGGGAAGAGUCGGCGAGGGAAGCGGAGGACACCGCCGCCAGGAGAAACAAGGACCCGUCUCUACAGGGCUUGAGCCGAGAGGAGCGGCGGCGGCGGCGGAGAGCGACCGCCAAGUACCGCACGGCGCAUGCCACGAGAGAGCGCAUCAGAGUCGAAGCCUUCAACGUCGCCUUUGCCGAGCUCCGAAAACUUCUCCCCACCCUUCCCCCGGACAAGAAACUCUCCAAGAUCGAAAUCCUCCGGCUAGCUAUUUGUUAUAUAUCCUACCUCAACCAUGUAUUGGACGUGUGAGAGAGUGAAGGUACAAAAGUGUAUAGAAAGACUUGCCAAGCCCCAGACUGCGCUGUGCGUAGGAAGGAAAAACUAAAGGCGAGCCCAACUGUCUCCAAAUAUCAAGCCAAACCACCAGACCUCCGUAAGUUGCCAAUGAUGAGUACGGCUAUUUUUAUGAGUGAGAUACUGAGGGACACAUUCUCUGUAAAUAUAUAAUAUAUUUAUUCUGUGUCCGUAACUUAAAGUAAUGACAACGAUAGACUCUGUAAUAUAUAUGAUAAAUUCCUGGGUAGAGGCGCCAAGGUUCCAUACUUAAAUUAUGCUUACAAUCAUAUGUUUGCAAGUAUAUUUUGAAACUUAGCAAAAAUGUAGUCAAGUUCCCAAAGAGAUGCCCAGACACGCAUUGACUGCGUCGCGUUUACAUUAGAAAAAUAUUCGUCUGUUUUGAAAUGUGUUGUUGUUAAAGCAUGUGACAAUGAAGAAACAAACAAGAAUUGCUCCGACGACAAUGAUUGUUGACUAUGUUUAACGAUUAGCAAUUUAGUCGUGUUUCUAGGCGUAGAGAGUAUGUUUUCAGUUGACUGCUCUGCUAGCUUAUACUAUAGAAGACAAUUUUCUUGAAAGAAAAGUCUAGGACAACCAAAUGCCAUAUCUCUCCACAGUGGUAGCCUUGAUCUACAGACUGCUAAAGCUUCACUGUACAAAUUGAAAAUGAUAGAAAGUAUGCUGUACAGUUAAGCCGCGUCGUAACGUUGUGUCGAGGCUAUAGGUGCGAGUGGAGCCAAAGAAUUGAAGCUUUAUAUAUCAUUCAAUGUUGUCGUGAUAUUUAUUGUGGAAUGUGUUGUUCUAUGUGAAAUCGCAAUACUUUUUUGACAUGAUCAGAUGAUAUUAUUAUUAAUAAAAUUCUGACGAAAACGAAGAACAUA